CUCUAAAAAAAAUAGCUCACCAAUAAUUGUGACGAGUGAAACCUUCGGUGUAUUAUCACAUCGCGUAGACGAGGAUUUACAAUGCGAGGUCUGCAGCGCUUCUGUCGAGGCGUGUAUGAUGUGUGGGUGAAUCUUCAAGUGGAACUCCAUGGCAGCUACUCGGUCUCUCGUAUGAAAUUUCUAUCCGAAUACUCGAGCUCCACCUCCGUUUGCCGCGCCAGUAUAUUUGUCAUCAUGGGUCCAUUCCCGUGCCUCAUAAUCCUGACGUUGAUCGAUUGCGUUCCUCUCGCUCCCACCGAGGAAGGAUCUCGAGCAAACUACUUGUUCUGGGGCAGAAACUACCUGACGAUCUCGCUCAUGACUCGUGCAAUUCUCGAACAGCUCCACCUUACAGUGCCAAGCUUGGACUUCACCUUCAUACGAACAAUCUGCAUCUCUGCUCUCCCCAGUGCCGGCGCUGUUGCGUUGGUGUUAACGUUCAUCUACCCGGCGUAUCUAUACGGCUUUCGAUCCGUGAGCUCGACUGUACAGACAAUUUACGUUCUGCUACUUCCUAUUAUCAAAAUUGCAACGAAAAACUGGAUUAGCUUUUUUCUCGGAACGAAAGACGACUUGAAGCCACAAGCUGUGAUCCUCAACAUUGAGGUUUUCAACGCGCUGUACGUGGCUAGUUCAAUGCAGAACGCGACGUCGAUCACAAUGUUCCAACUUCCGAACCGAGUCUUUUACCCGCAGAUACGUGAACUGGAUCGCAACACUCUCGCGCAAAUGAUUGGCAACAUCGCCAUUUACGGGAUCAUGGAGCUCCUUUCUUUCAUCGCAAUGAGUGUUCUACUCAGAAGGAAGCUUGGCAUUACGACUCUACACCAACUUGCCUUUGUACUUGACCGUGAGCGGCGCAUGGUGCAAUCGAACUUGUUUCUCUUGAUCUGCUAUACGAUCCAGAAUUCACUCGACCACAACGGUAAUUAG